AUGGCAUCUCGCAGGGUACUGUCGGCGCUGCUGGCUGCGGCCGUGGCGGUGCCCCUGCGCGCGGCGACCCCGCUGCCGUUCCGGUACGCGUGCACGGAGGGCCACCGCCAGUUCCCCUUUUGCGACGCGAGCUUGCCGCUCGCGCGGCGCGUGGACGACCUCGUCUCGCGGCUGAGCCUCGACGAGAAGCCGCAGCUGAUGGAGGCGCGCUUCAGCCCCCGGGGCAACAUCAGCCGCCUGGGGGUGCCGCAGUACGACUGGGGCGCGAACUGCAUCCACGGGGUGGAGUCGCGCUGCGGCAGCGGCGGGCGCUGCCCGACCCCCUUCCCGAACCCCAACUUCCUGGGCGCCGCCUUCAACGAGACGGUCUGGCACGGCAUGGGGCGCGUGAUCGGGCGCGAGCUGCGCAGCUUGUGGCGGCAGGGGGUCGGGGAGAAUCACCCGCCCACGGAGCUGCCACCCGUGGGGCUCGACUGCUGGAGCCCCAACGUCAACAUCGUCAGGGACCCGCGCUGGGGCCGCAACCUGGAGACCCCGGGGGAGGACCCCUUCCUGCUCGGGCGCUUCGGAGUGGCGGUCACGCAGGGGCUGCAGCAGGGUGAGGACCCGCGGUACUUGCAGGCCGUGGUGACGCUGAAGCACUUCGUGGCGAACUCGCUGGAGGGCGCCUGGCCUGGCCCUGGAGGGCCAGCGCGCUUCCCAGGGAAGGGCCUGUGCCCAGGCGGGUCGUGCACCCGCCACACGAUCGACCCCAACAUCUCCGCGUACGACUUGGCAUCUAGCUAUUUCCCGGCAUUCCGCAGCAGCGUCGUGGAGGGGGGUGCACUCGGCGUGAUGUGCUCGUACAACGCGGUGAACGGCGUGCCAAGCUGCGCCAACAAGUGGUUGCUGGGGCAGAAGCUGAGGGAGGAAUGGGGGUUCCAGGGCUAUGUCACAGGAGACUCUGGAGCCGUGGAGGACAUCUACCGCUCGCACUGGUAUGUCGCGUCCAUGGAAGACGCAGUCGCGGCAGCCGUUCAGGCAGGGACCGACGUUCAGUCAGCAGGGUGGGGCAGGCACGGCCCUUGGGCGGUCAGAGGGGAAUACAUUACGAUGAUCCCUGAGCUCGUGCGGUCAGGUAAGUUGAGCGAGGCUGCCCUGGAUGCGGCGUUGAAACGAACGCUGUCCUUGAGGUUCCGCCUCGGACUCUUCGAUCCGCCCGCUGCCCAGGCCUACGAGCAUUUCGCCCCGAACGUCGUCCGCAGCGAGGAGCACGUGCGGGCGGCCCUGGAUGCAGCCGAGCAGGGCUUCGUGCUGCUCCAGAACCGCAACCGAACCCUGCCGAUCUCUGGCGGCGUCGUGGCGGUCAUCGGCCCGCACGCCGGCGCGCGGUACGGGCUCCUCGGGAACUACCUGGGGCAGACCUGUCCCGAGCUCACGGCCAAGGGCGGCGAGCAGUACGGCUGCGUCCAGUCGAUCGCCGAGGCGCUCGGCAAUCUCACGACCGUCCUCUCUGCACCAGGGUUGCCCAGCGUGACGUCCGAGGACAGGAGCCUGUUCGACGGUGCGGUGCAGGUCGCCAAGCAGGCAGACCACGUGGUGCUGGCCCUCGGCCUGGACACGUCCAGCAUCGAGGCGGAGGGCACCGACAGGAAGUCCAUCGCUCUGCCGGCGGGCCAGGUGGCACUGUUCGACGCAGUCCGGGCGGCCGGCAAGCGGGUCACGGUGGUGCUGCUGAAUGGCGGCGCGGUGGCGAUGAGCCACGUCAAGGAGCACGCGGACGCCAUCGUGGAGGCGUGGUACCCUGGCUUCUACGGGGGCCGAGCGCUCGCGCGGGCACUUCUGGGCAUCACCAACCGCUGGGGCAAGCUGCCCGUGACCGUUUACGACGAGGACUUCGAGAAGCAGUUUGACAUGCUGGACUUCGACAUGACGAAGGGGCCCGGGCGCACGUACCGCUACUUCACGGGGGAGCCGCUCUGGCCCUUCGGCCACGGGCUCUCCUACACGACCUUCGCCCUGCGGCUCCUCUCCGCAGCGAAGGUCGACAUCCCGCAGAGGGGCGGGCAGACGACGAUACGCGUGGAGGUGACCAACACCGGCGACCGGGAGGGCGACGAGGUGGUCAUGGCCUUCUUCUCGCCCCGCGGCGCCGCUCCGCGGGGCAGCCGCGCGGCCCUGCUGCGCCGGCAGCUCUUCGGCUUCCGCCGCGUGUCGCUGCGGGCGGGCGAGAGCGCCGCCGUGGAGUUCGCGGUCGGGGCCGAGACUCUCGCCCUCUUCGCCGACAGCGGGGACCGCGUCAGCCACGCCGGGGCCUACGCCCUCCAGCUCACCAGCGGCGCCGGCGCAGGCGAGUCGGUGGCCGCCGAGGUGGUCGCCGCCGAGGGCGAGCCGCAGCCGGUGCUCCUGGAGGCCUGGGCGCCGCGGGCGCGGGCCGCCCGGGCCGCGCUGGUGGUGUGA